GGAUGUUUGGCUAGCAGUGUGCAUGAUGCGGUUGCUGCGCACAAAAUGUAUCAGCGUUGAAAGGAAAAAAUGGCCGUUUUCCUAAUUGUAGAGAAACCCAGGUGAACGGUGAUUACACCAGGACCAAGAAAUUAGAACUGCAUAAUAAAGGGACUGCCAAUUGGUGCCCUUCAAGCGAGUACAAUUUUUAAGGCCGACAUUGCAAUUCACUCUGCAGGAAUUUUUUUCCUUCAUUUCUUCUUUUCAUUUUUUUUCAGUUACCCUCACCCCCAUCACUUUUCUAAUAGUCCUUCCCUUACCGAAACACGCAACGUUUUUUUGCAAGAUUCCUCUUAACAGCGCCAUGUUUAUGAUUAUGCACUAGUGAUUAGGAAUAGAGUUUGCGUAGCCUAAGCCAGUCAAAUUUACUACUGCUUGAAAUGUUUCUUUUGAUUAUAGGUGGCUCGAUCAGUUGCUUUAUCGAAUCAUUUGGAUGAUGAAGUCCUUCUUAGACAAUGUCAACUCCGACCAUGAGGCUGCAACGCAGAGAUUAACCCACGUGAUAGAAAGACUGAGGAAGCUUCAAGCCGAACAGGAAUCGUCAAAAGAGGACCUUAAAAGGUGUCUUGUCCGUGAGACUGCCCAGGCCAUUGCAGUUUUGAUCAACUACUUGAAAAGAGAUGACGUGAUUGAAAGUUUUUGCAGAUGGAGCUCAGACGAACUUCCAGAUGUCGAGGGAUCAUGGGAAGUUACUGAAUCAGCAAUCAUGAAGCUCAUCCAGACCAGACUGCAGACACUGAUUGAAGAAUGGGAGGGAGAGCAGCAGCACUUUGCAAAGGCUCGCAAAUCAGUGGUCACUUUUUUUCUAAGGAAGUACAAUUACCUUGAGAACGAGCUUCGCGACGUGGAAGUCGAUGUCUCAAAAAUAGGAGCUACACCUGAAACCAAACCGACAAAAGAGAGUAUAGAAGAACAAUUUCUGAAUAAUAUCUCCAACUUUUCGAUGCCACUUGAAAGCAAAAUUGCCCUUGGAAUCAUGAUGCCUUUCCUCAUUCCGGCCACACUUGUUGGGGUUGCGUUGGCUGUGCCAGUAACAUUACUUGUUCUUCCUGUGGUGGGAAUCAAGUCCAUUGUUGACCAAUUCCACGAGGCCAAGAAGAAGAAUAAAUAUAAGAAAGAUCGUUCUGAGUUUGUUCAAAAGGUGUCUCAGAAAUACCUGGAGAAAGUUGCAACUCAUGAGUCACUUCAGCCACUCGUCGAAGACCAACUAAUGCAGGCUGUGAGCAGUCUCACAGAGCUGGAGGCAAAAAUUCCCAUGUUGAUUGAGGCUGACAUGGAACUUUGUCGGCAGCUAAUAGAUGAAUCCCGUAGCAAGAAGGACACCGAAGCUGAGUACAGGCCCCGCAAAGAGAAAUGCGAGCGGCUGCGUGGAGAGCUCGCGUUAUUUGGUUCUCUGGAAAUUCGGGGUAUGGCAAUCGCUUGGGAUGACCUGGAGUGGGAGGUCAGUGAGAAAGUCGACCUGAAUCAUUCCCUGCCACCAGGCAUCUAUCAGGGAAGAGUCGUAAAGGGAAGAUAUGCAUCCGGUCGUCAAGUCACUUUGAAAGUGUACAAGGAACUGCUUACCGGCAGCAAUGCUAUUAAGUGUUUAGACGAUGAGGCAACCAUGAGGAGACUUUGCCAUCCUCACAUUGUGGAAUUCUACGGCGCUGCAUUCAGGAAAGUUUCUAGAGGGGUGGAAGUAACAUUUGUUAUGGAACGCUCAGGAGAAACUCUCAAGGAGUACCUCAUGGAUCAGCCUGGAAACUGUCCUUCAGUGAAUCCUUUGUCCACACUGGGUAUCAUCCAAUGGGCCGAGCAAAUUGUUGAAGCGCUGAUGGUCAUACAUAGUAUGUUCCAAGGAUGUGUUCAUGGUGAUCUGCGACUGGAAAACGUCUUGCUGGACAGUUGUAACAUCCGAAAUGUCAAACUAAGCAACAUCUGUUUGACCAAACAAUUGACCAUCGAGCCUGGAUCGAAAUGUGAUGCGUUUCUCCACCUUCCUUCAGAGGCCGUUCGUAACAGAGCGUACAACACCUCGUCGGAAAUUUAUAGCCUCGGGAUAAUGCUGUGGGAGAUGUGGUACGGAAAGGAAGCCUUCUUCGAAAUGAAGGGUCAGGACUUGGAGGUGCUUCUGGCGAACGUGGAAGAAGGCCACCGUCCCAAAAUUACAGGUGUUACUACUCAGCCGUCAGUGUUAUGGUCUGAGCUCAUAGAUAGAUGCUGGGCAAAGAAUGCAGCAGAAAGAAAUACUCUUGCGGAUUGCAAGUCAGCUAUCACGGCAAUGUUAGCAAAUUAAAAGUAAUGCCUAGUGCCUAGUCCUCGACCUUAAGCUGAGACAUUAGAACAAAUAAGUUAGAUCAUCUUAAGGUGGCUUAAAACAGUUUUCUGUUUCUGUUUUUUAGACUAAUGAACUAGGUGCGAUUUCCAGGCUUGGAACUGUACCGUUCUGAAUGACUGUGCUACUUUUUAAGGUAGCUCUCCACUUUACCUUUUAUUGUGUUUACGUCAUAAGUUAAGGUUGCUCUGUUCUGUUGCAUAGCAACAAACUUGACCUACUUUUUACCAUCAAUUGCAUCUAACUUAAAAACUAAGCCCUUGACCCCUUGUUCUUUUUCUAAAGGUAAUUUUAUUAGCCGCAAAAGAAGAAACAUGAAAAAUGAUGAAAAAAAAAGUCUGAACUGUAGAUUUAGCUUAAAUUAAAAAUUGGAAAUUUCCAAGUUGGAGGAAUUCCACUUCACAUGUUUUUUACAACUUCGCACAUGUGUUCCGCUUUCGCUGUAGAAUAUUUUUUGGCAUUAAAAAGUAGGGUCACCAGAUCAGUUUUUGAGAUUUUAGCUUCGUGGAUAAGAAAUUUUAGUUUUUUUCCUGCUGUUUUUUUAGAUUGAUGUUCGGCGCGAUCGAUUGCAACAUCAACAUCGCAAUUUUCGUUUAUUUACGUUCCCGCAGAGUGGUUUAAAAGGUUGUUUUUCCUUUGAAAUUACCUGAAGGAUGGACGUUCUCGAAGGUAGAAAUAACUGAUAACUCAAACAGCUUACUAAACAUGGCGAAAACAAAGUUUUACGAAGUAGGUCUCGCGCCGCCAUGUUUGUUUUGAGUUUUUGCAAGCUGAAAAUCUCGCGCGCUAUCUCGCGACCCCUCGGGCGGUUCUGUGAUGUCUCGCGCAGAAGUACGCACUAGAGCCCCGGCGUCUCACGGAAAUAUUUCGGUUUUGAGCCACUUUAAGUGAAAACUGGUCAAUUAAUACAAUCAUGUGAUAAUCAAUUAACGCACUUAGGAAAAAGUAAGUCAUGAUCACUAGAACUACGACUACAAUAUUAAUUUGCCAACGCUCCUUUUGACCCUUACAACGGUGCCCUAAGUUGUGUGGCGCGCCGUCAGCUAUGAACGUCAACAAAUUAUGGGAAAUAAUCUGUGAAUGAAUUAGAAGUUUUUGAAAGCAUUUGAAGUCGAGAUCAGGGCUAAAAGCGUGGCGCAGAAAUCUAGAUAAGGGAAAAGUGUAGCUUUCUUCUGUAAGACGAUUACAGUGCUGCCUGAUCAGCACACAGGCAUGGCAGAAAUCAUCCAACCAGCUGGACAGAGUGCAUUGAAGAGAUAUAUAUUUCCUUUCAAUGUAAAGAAAGGAGGAAAGAAAUUCAAUACUUACUUUAGCAGUAGAUUAUCUUACAACAUUAUACACCUUAAAGGUAUUAUAUGAAAUACAUAUUAACCCAAUUCCUAAGUGUUCUCUACCACCCCAUCCCCUUCUCCGGCCUGGUACGGAUUGUGUGUCGCCAGAGAACGCGUGUCCGCUGUAUGUCAUUCGGUGGCGUCAAGACCUUUUGACGCCAAAUCGAGCAAGGGAAGAGAACGCCCGGGUUCUAAGCUGUAUAUACACGUAACUUGUUAAAACGAUUGAAUGAAUGUAAAUAUUUCUAACUGCGCCUAAUUUAGCUGCAUGUAGCAUUCUUGUUACUCUUAUACAGUCGGACCUCCACUAACAGCCACCUCUCUACAAAGGCCACUUUUCUUUAUUCCCGGCGAGCAGUCCAUGCAUUCGUUCUUAUUUUAACUUCUCUACAAGGGCCACCUCUCCACAACGGCAACGGCCACUAGAACUCGUCCCAACUAACAAAAUAACUCGGCAAACAGCCAAACGCAUUUUUUUUUUUUUCACUGUAAAAGGUCACAAGACUUGAUCCAUACCGUGCGCCGUUGGUCUCUGUUUCUGUUACUUUUCUGUUUUUAUUAUGUAUACUAAAUAUACUAAAAUAAGCAUCUUUGUGA